GGCUGUCAGCCACUUCAGAAUGAAGCUGAACAUCUCUUUCCCGGCCACUGGCUGCCGGAAGCUCAUUGAAGUGGACGAUGAACGAAAACUUCGUACCUUCUACGAGAAGCGUAUGGCCACAGAAGUUGCUGCUGACGCUCUGGGUGAAGAAUGGAAGGGUUAUGUGGUCCGAAUCAGUGGCGGGAACGAUAAGCAGGGUUUCCCCAUGAAGCAGGGUGUCUUGACCCAUGGCCGAGUUCGCCUGCUACUGAGUAAGGGGCAUUCCUAUUACAGACCAAGGAGGACUGGGGAGAGAAAGCGCAAAUCUGUCCGGGGUCGCAUUGUGGAUGCCAAUCUGAGUGUUCUCAACUUGGUCAUCAUGAAAAAAGGGGAGAAAGAUAUUCCUGGACUCACUGAUACUACAGUGCCUCGUCGCCUGGGUCCCAAAAGAGCUAGCAGAAUCCGCAAACUUUUCAGUCUCUCUAAAGAAGAUGAUGUCCGCCAGUAUGCUGUGCGAAAGCCCCUAAACAAAGAAGGUAAGAAACCUAGGACUAAAGCACCCAAGAUUCAGCGUCACGUGACUCCACGAGUUCUGCCACACAAAUGCUGGCGUGUUGCUCUGAAAAAACAGCGUACUAAGAAAAACAAAGAAGAGGCUGCAGAAUAUGCUAAUAUGGCCAAGAGAAUGAAGGAGGCCAAAGAAAAACGGCAGGAACAGAUUGCCAAGAGACAGAGGCUGUCCUCUCUGAGAGCUUCUACUUCUAAGUCUGAGUCCAGUCAAAAAUGAGAUGUUCUAAGAGUAACAAAUAAAUAAGAUCAGACAUAAAAAAAAAA